AUGGGAAAUGUCCUCCUCGGUGCUGGAGAGGAAGGCCUCAAGCUACUGCCCAUUGCCAUUGGUGUGUCUUUCAUUGUGUACGUCCUCGUGCGGGCAAUUUUUGGUGGCUGCCGUCCGUUUUUACAUCAACUCUCAUCCGAGUGCGGGGAAUUGAUGGGUUAUCCUCCGCUGCCACCGCUUGAGCCACCUGAGGCACGGGAGCCGUUUUCCACCGAGUCGCCUUCCUUGGUGCAGGUAUUGCUAGAUCGCUUGCCGCAGCGCUCCGCGCCGCUAAGCAUGCUGCUGGGACUUCAGCCGGCGAGCCACAUCCCGGCACCGUCGACUGCGGAGCCGGCAGCAGCUGCCGGAGUACCGACUUGCCCUGUGUGCAUGCUGAAUUGGCCGAAUGCAGCUUUGGAUUGCGGGCAUCGAGUCUGCGCGGCAUGUCUGCCCGAAAUUCAGAGAAGAUCCAACUGCUGUCCCGUGUGUCGGGACCCCAUUCGGCAGGUCAUGCGGCUGUACAACUGA